ACAGUUACCACGAUUCAUGUGUCACAUUUUAACAACAUUUACAAAGAAGCGAAGUUUCAUUCUUGAUGAAGUAGUGGUGGAUCUCGAUAUUGUAAAUGAGUAGUUAGAAUGUACAGUCAGUUGACUUAGAAACGUUGUGGUGAAUGCUACCGCAAUGCUCGCUCCGCGAUUUUCGUGCUUUACGUGUGUGUGAUUCUAACUUUUUUGAAACACUAGUGACAGUCAGUGAUGCUCUAAGCCUCCCAAGAUGAGUUCGGUACUAUUAGAAGCCCGGCCCUUCCGGCCCUUCAAAUCCAGUGAGGAGUAUCUAGUGGCCAUGAAAGAAGAUUUGGCCGAAUGGCUCCAAACUAUGUAUCCAUCACUCGAAAUUAACGUCGACAACUUCAUGGAGAAGUUGGAAACGGGAGUUGUACUUUGUGAGCACGCCAAUGCGGUCAGACAUCAAGCAGCCGAAUACGUAGAGAAAAAGCAAACCAAGAAAAUUAUGACGAGGUCGGUGACGGGCAAUUUGGCACAUGCACAAAAAUUAGUCAACAUUCCGGAAGUCAAAUACUUUGCAACGGCCAAACCACAGACUUUCUUCGCUAGAGACAACGUUUCGAAUUUUAUUAGAUGGUGCAAGGACUCGUUACAGAUCAUAGAGUGCUUACUGUUUGAAUCCGACGACUUGAUUUUAAGGAAAAAUGAAAAACACGUCAUUUUGUGUCUUUUGGAAGUGGGAAGGAGGGCCGCAAAAUUUGGCAUGUUGGCCCCCAUGUUGGUCCAAAUGGAGCGCCAGAUCGACCGGGAGAUCGCCGCCGACCAGAAAAAGCUCAAUAACGGCCUCCACGACCAAAACAGUUUUGACGAUGACGAUGACAGUGAUAUGGAAGAAGAAACAAUGUUAAUUUACGGUCCUGUGCCCCAAAUCGUCACUAACGACUUGAAAAGUCUCGACGAAAUGGUCCGCGACUUGGUCGCUCAAUGCACGUGUCCAACCCAAUUCCCCAUGAUCCGUGUCUCCGAAGGCAAAUACCGAAUCGGCGACACCAAAGUGUUAAUUUUCGUGAGGAUACUCCGAAAUCACGUUAUGGUCCGUGUGGGCGGGGGCUGGGACACUUUGUCCCAUUAUUUGGACAAGCACGACCCAUGUCGUUGCCGAUCGCAACACCGGACAACCCAAGGGGCACGUCUGGUCAAUAAACCAGGAGCCCAGGACUUACACGGGUCACACGUGUAUUACGAACGAGUUCCUGUGCCUACAAUUGCGACACCAAGCCACGCCUCUAGCUCCACCUCGACUCUAGGCCCACCAAUGAAUUCAUUGAAUCGGUCUAGAUCACGUUCACCGUCUUAUUUGAACGACAGACGAUCAGUUAGUCCGAAUCUACCGCGCAAAUCUUUAGUACCUCCCAUUAGAUCGAGAAGCCCCACCCCCAACUACACAUCAUCACAUCACACUACACUUAAAACUAAAGCCACGCCUACAACAUCACCAAAACACAAGAAUCAUGUCGCCUCGAUACAAGUCCCACUAAAAUCGGAAACUUCAAUUCAAAUAAAUGAAGAUCAAAGUGACACAACUUCGGAAGUUUCCGAUGAAGGCUACAGGAGUUUAGGCGCAAUUCAAGACAAAACAAAGAAACGCCUUAGUCAAGACUCAGUUGAUGAUGCAGAAUAUAACGGAGAGCAUCACAUUGAUAGUAUUGACGACACAAAUGAUGUGGGUUUACGUAAAACUUCCUACUCCCACAGAAUCUAUGAGGAAACAACGCCCAAGCCCCGCCCCCAGUCCCGAGAACCUAGCGUAGAUCGCUCCGCCCCUAAAUCCUCCCCGAAAAAAUUCCACGGUACGUGGAAUGGCCGUCAGAAACAAGCACGUCCCACUCUCCAAAUCGAAACUUUCAGUCCGCCGCUUCAAAGACACGCCCCUUCAAGGCGGAGUGAACGUCGCCACUCCUCAGCAAGCACCUCCCCGACAAAAGGCGGACUUAAAGAAGUUUUGAUAAAUACAGUAACACAAAUCGACGAUGAAGCAUUAAUGGCCCAACAAGUCCAAGAAUUGUUAAAACAGUACACUUUUGAUUUCAAGGACGAGGGGCGGUUUGUAAGAGGAGGCGGAGAAAGGAUGUCUUAUAGGAGUCCAAGGAAGGACUCACGGCCUGAUAAUCACUUAUCUAGGAUUCCCGCCCCCGUUUUGUAGAGUUUAGGGGAUUUUUUAGGGUAUUUUUUACGACGGUUAGAGUAGAGUCCGACCCUGUUUCGACCGUUUUGUUUUUUGGUGCUAAUUUGUGAUGAUUUUUCAAAUUUUUAUCAUUGUUACGAGAAAAAUGCUCAAUUUUUUCAAUUUGGACGGUUAUUUCAGAUUGUAGGGUUUUUUUUGGAACCAUACCGCAAGAUUUAUGUAAUCUUAGAUUAUAUUUAAACACUAAUAAUGGAUUUAGUGCAACUUUUAACAUGAUACUGGCAACUUAUAGCUCUAAUUAUAUUAAUUUUUGUAAAAACAAGUACAUAUUAACAUUUGAUGAUAUAUUAUUUUUAAUUUAAAAAAAAAACAACUAAUUUUUAUAUUAAAAAAUUCAGAUUUUAGAAUCUCGGUUCACAAGUAGGAACAUUAUUUGAAACCAUUGUAUGCUUUUCGAAGGCAAUAAAGUCCUAGAUUUAA